GGCCUGCUUCUAUUUAUGUGGGGGAUCCAACAUGGCGGCUGCGGCGACCCUGGCGAUGGCGGUAGAGCCCAUCAGAACAUAGUAGCGGGGAAGAGGGCACGGUCCACGCUCACGGUGGAGUCGACGGAGACGGCUGAAGGUGGUGGAGGGAAGAAAAGCGACGGAGAACAAGAGGAAGAGCGGACAGGCACGCAGCGCGGCGUAGAAGCGAGCGCCGGCUCGAGCGAAAGCGAAGGGCCAGAACAGUGGGGAUGGCGGAGCCGCGAAGAGUGGCGUUCAUUAGCCUGUCACCGGUGAGGCGGCGCGAGGCCGAAUACCCGGGGGCCGAGCGCGAGCCCGAGUACCCCCGYGAACCCCCCCGGCUGGAGCCGCAGCCGUACCGCGAGCCGGCCCGGGCGGAGCCACCGGCCCCGCGGGAGCCGGCCCCCCGCUCGGACGCGCAGCCCCCGCCGCGGGAGAAGCCGUUCCCCCAGCGCGAGGUCAGUCGCGCCGAGCCGCCCAUGUCGCUGCAGCGCGAGCCCCCGCGGCCCGAGCCGCCGCCGCCGCCGCUCCCUCAGCUGCCCUUGCAGCCGCCCCCGCCGCGGGAGUCGGCUUCUCGCGCCGAGCAGCCGCCGCCUCCGCGGGAGACGGUGCGCCUGGAGCUGGUGCUCAAGGACCCCACCGACGAAAGCUGCGUGGAGUUCAGUUACCCGGAGCUGCUGCUGUGCGGAGAACAACGGAAGAAGAUUGUUUAUUCAGAAGACCCAUUUAAUGAUGAGCAUCGGGAGAAGCAAGAGGUAGAAAUGUUGGCUAAGAAGUUUGAAAUGAAAUAUGGUGGGAAACCCCGUAAGCACCGGAAGGAUCGGCUACAAGAUUUAAUUGACAUAGGCUUUGGCUAUGAUGAGACAGAUCCAUUUAUUGAUAAUUCAGAGGCUUAUGAUGAAUUAGUUCCUGCUUCUUUAACAACAAAGUAUGGAGGCUUUUAUAUCAACACUGGCACUCUGCAGUUUCGCCAAGCUUCAGAUACUGAAGAAGAAGAUAUCACAGACAACCAAAAGCACAAGCCACCCAAGGUUCCCAAAAUAAAAGAAGAUGAUAUCGAAAUGAAGAAGCGGAAACGGAAAGAGGAAGGGGAAAAGGAGAAGAAACCAAGGAAAAAAGUACCUAAACAACUGGGAGUUGUGGCUCUAAAUUCACACAAGUCUGAAAAAAAGAAGAAACGAUAUAAAGAUUCUCUUUCUCUAGCUGCCAUGAUUCGAAAAUUUCAGAAAGAGAAGGAUGCAUUAAAAACAGAGUCUAACCCCAAAGUUCCUGUGACCUUAUCRACCUCCUCUCUUACCAAGCCUCUUUGUGCUGCUACAGGAUUGGGGAAUGACGUCCCAGAAUUAAAUCUGAACAGCACUGAUCCAGAGCUCCCCAUUUUUGUUAGCACAAAUGAACACGAAUUGUUUCAGGAAGCUGAAAAUGCCCUAGAGAUACUGGAUGAUUUCGACUUUGACAGAUUACUGGAUGCUGCUUCUGAUGGCAGCCCCCUAUCUGAAUCAGGGGGAGAAAAUGGAAACACCACCCAGCCAACCUUCACCUCUCAGGUUAUGCCUAAGGUGGUACCUACACUCCCAGAAGGUCUACCUGUACUUCUUGAAAAACGCAUCGAGGACCUCCGUGUAGCUGCCAAACUUUUUGAUGAAGAAGGAAGGAAAAAAUUCUUUACACAGGAUAUGAAUAAUAUUCUUUUAGACAUUGAGUUACAGCUACAAGAAUUAGGCCCUGUUAUUCGUAGUGGUGUCUACUCCCAUCUUGAAGCAUUUGUGCCAUGCAAUAAAGAAACACUGGUAAAACGGCUAAAGAAGUUACACCUCAAUGUCCAGGAUGAUCGUUUAAGAGAACCUCUGCAAAAACUGAAACUGGCUGUUAGCAAUGUUAUGCCUGAACAGCUAUUUAAAUACCAGGAGGAUUGCCAGGCUCGUAGUCAAGCCAAGUGUGCCAAGUUGCAAACAGAUGAAGAACGAGAAAAGAAUGGAUCUGAGGAAGAUGAUGAUGAGAAACCAGGGAAGCGUGUCAUAGGACCAAGAAAGAAAUUCCACUGGGAUGACACAAUUAGAACUUUAUUAUGUAACCUCGUCGAGAUCAAAUUGGGAUGCUAUGAGUUGGAGCCAAAUAAAAGCCAGUCUGCUGAAGAUUAUCUUAAAUCCUUCAUGGAAACAGAGGUGAAGCCCUUGUGGCCUAAGGGCUGGAUGCAGGCGAGAAUGCUUUUUAAGGAAAGCCGGAGUGUACAUAAUCAUCUUACUUCUGCUCCGGCAAAGAAAAAGGUGAUUCCUGCACCCAAACCCAAAGUAAAGGAGUGUAGCCCAAAAAAGGACCAGAAAGCUCCUGCAUCCUUGGUGGCUUCAGCCAGUGGUCCUUCCACAAGCUCCAGCACUUCUGUUGUUGCCUCAGCCAGCUCCAGCUCAACACCAGCCCAGGAAACCAUCUGCCUCGACGACUCCCUAGACGAAGACCUUUCUUACCACUCACCUUCACUAGAUCUUGUUUCUGAAGCUUUAGCUGUCAUCAACAAUGGGAAUAAGGGCCCUACAGUUGGUCCAAGAAUAAACAUGCCAACUACAAAACCUCGUCCAGGACUGAGAGAAGAAAAAUUAGCAAGUAUCAUGAGUAAGCUGCCACUGACUACUCCCAAAAAACUAGAUUCUACUCAGACUGCACAUUCAUCGAGUCUUAUUGCUGGCCACACUGUGCCAGUACCAAAGAAACCCCAGGAUUUAGCUCAUACUGGCAUCUCUUCAGGCCUUAUUGCUGGUUCUUCAAUUCAGAACCCUAAAGUUUCCUUAGAACCUUUGCCAGCCAGGCUACUUCAGCAAGGACUACAAAGGUCAAGCCAGAUUCAUGCUUCUUCCUCUUCGCAGACUCAUGUCUCCUCUUCYCAAGCCCAAGUUGCUGCCUCCUCUCAUGCUCUGGGAACAUCCGAGGCCCAAGAAGCUUCUUCGUUAACACAAGUAACAAAGGUGCACCAGCAUUCAGCUGUCCAACAGAACUAUGUGUCUCCAUUACAAGCAACCAUUAGUAAAUCACAUACCAACCCAGUGGUGAAAUUAAGUAAUAAUCCCCAGCUUACCUGUUCAUCCCCACUCAUUAAGACUUCAGAUAAGCCACUUAUAUACCGCCUUCCCUUAUCUACGCCCUCGCCUGGAAAUGGUUCUCAGGGGUCCCACCCCCUGGUUUCUAGGACAGCACCGAGCACCACUACCUCUAGUAACUAUUUAGCCAAGGCUAUGGUGUCACAGAUUUCCACGCAGGGUUUCAAAUCUCCUUUUUCAAUGGCUGCAUCCCCAAAACUUGCCGCAUCUCCCAAACCUGCUACGUCUCCCAAACCCUUGCCCUCACCCAAGCCUUCUGCUUCACCCAAGCCCUCUCUUUCAGCUAAGCCUUCAGUAUCGACUAAACUUAUUUCUAAGUCCAACCCCACUCCCAAGCCUACUGUAUCCCCAAGUUCUUCCAGUCCAAGUGCACUAGUAGCCCAGAGUUGCCACUCCACCAGUAACAACCCAGUUCAUAAACAGCCCAGUGGAGUCAACAUCAGCAGGCAGUCUCCCACCUUGAAUUUAUUGCCCUCUAAUCGCACUUCAGGCCUUCCAUCUACAAAAAAUCUUCAGGCCCCUUCAAAACUAACAAACUCAUCAUCCACUGGAACUGUUGGGAAGAACAGCUUGAGUGGAAUUGCAAUGAAUGUACCUGCCAGCAGAGGUAGCAACCUUAACUCAAGCGGAACUAAUAGAACUAGUCUAUCUGGGGGAACAGGAAGUGGAACACAGGGUGCUACUAAACCGUUGUCUACUCCACAUAGACCAUCUUCAGCCUCAGGGUCUUCAGUGGUAACAGCCAGUGUGCAGUCCACAGCAGGAGCAUCAUUAUUGGCUAAUGCCUCACCUCUGACUCUCAUGACAUCACCUUUGUCUGUAACAAAUCAAAAUGUGACUCCUUUUGGGAUGCUGGGUGGCCUUGUUCCAGUGACCAUGCCCUUCCAGUUUCCCUUGGAGCUACUUGGCUUUGGAACGGACACAGCUGGAGUGACAGCCACCUCAGGAUCUACCUCAGCCGCUUUCCACCAUAGCCUCACUCAGAAUUUACUAAAGGGUUUACAGCCAGGAGCUCAGCAUACAGCAACACUUUCCCAUUCACCUCUGCCUACACAUUUACAGCAAACAUUUAAUGAUGGAGGCCAAAGUAAAGGGGACACUAAGUUACCACGGAAAUCUCAGUGACUUCUCAGCAAGCAGAGAGAUGAGACGUGUAGCUGGCUGACGGGAUCUACCUGAUGGGAAAGUCCUUAUGUGGUCACAGGGCUGCUGUUUCUGUCGAUGUUUACAUUCUCGUCCCAAGCACUGUGGUGAGGAGGAAAAGGAAAGAAAACAUUACUUGAGCAAAGCCAGGUGCAGGAGGAAGAAAUGCUUUUGUGCAAAGUUAGUGACCUUUGGUCUCUGCUAAAGAAAGACAAAGUUACCAUGUUACCUGACUUGAAAGAGACUCAGCUGUCAAACCCACAGAAGUACAAAUUAUUUUUUCCCUGGGGGAGGAAGGAGGAAGUUGAGAGGAUUUGGGUAAACACCAUCCAUCCUGGGGGUUGGCUCUGAACACUUGUAGACAUAAUUGAAUAAUAAAAGCAAUAGAUCUGGAAUUAGGCUAGUUUGUCAGGAGUAAUAAUCAUGCCUGUUUAAGUGGACAUUUAGCAAAUUUGCAACAAAAUAAUUGGGUGACCCUAUGUCUGAUAUAAACCCUAGCUGAAGAAAUACUGUACCCUCAAACAUCCUGAGCAAACUUGAAUCUUCUCCAGUAUGUAGCAACUCCCCAUGUAAAUCAGUGGACUGAAGAUGCUUCAGGAAAAUUAUUUUAGCACAGUUAUGUAUAUUACUAAAUCAUUUAGAUUUUUAAAAGUCAAGAAAUUGAGCCUGUUGCUCUUAACAGACAAAAACCUACAUGUCCCCUUUUUGUGAAAGGGUCAAUUUCAUCUUCCACUCAGAAGUAGGUACUUAACUCUUUUCUUCAGGUGAUUUAUGUAUCUAGUUUUGACUGGUUCAUUUUUAUUUCUAGUCUUGAUGUUAAAAUGUGACUCAGUUUCACUUGAGUAAUGGAAAUCUUUAUUAUAGGGCUGCUGCUUUCCUCAUCUUCAUUCACCCUUGCAGGCCCUACCAACAAGAACUGUAAAUUCCCCCAAGUUCACCUCACAACUUCCCUCUCUCUUCCUUCAGCUAGGGGUUCUUCAGGUGAUUGUUGGCUGUUGAUACAAACAGGUGGCAGUGAGUACUACCUGUGUUUCCUCACUGGUCAUCCAAAUAGCACAUAAAUAGUUGUUUGGUUUUUUAAUUUUUAGGGAGAGGAAUUGCAUUAGGCUCAUUAUGUACAAGGGAGUAUCUUUUUUAUAACAAUCACAAUGUGGUUUAACUCGAUUUAUCCAAUGUUGUGAAAUUGUUUCAAGCAUUUGGAGUUUUAAAAGCUUUACUGAUAUUUCUCAGUGUUGAUAGCAAGUAAGCCUACAAAGAAGACUUCUUAGUUAUUAUAGCUUCUUUAACUAAGCAAAUAGCAUAGCUAACAAAGGAUGUGAAGGGAAAAAUUUAUAGUUCUCUUUGCAUACAUUUUAUUUUGCCUCCUCAUCAUUCUGUUAUCUCUUGAGUUUUAAACUUAUGAGUAUUUUCAAACUAUACCCAAGAAUGGUUAAGCUCUGCAUGGUGUAACCUUGGUCAGUUUAUGGCAGACUAACCAAAAAAUCAGCACUAGAUUGGUGAUAGCAAGCUUUUUUCCAUGUUUCCAUUACCCUGUACCACUAAGUUUAUUCAAAUAAGAGUAUUAAUGAGGCCCUUUUUUUCCUUAAGUAAACAGAAGUCCCAAAUAGCCUACAGGACUAUAAAUAAUCACAGAUCUGUUCUGAUCUACAUGCCUAUAUUUUGACUUCAAAGUCACAUUGGCUUGUUUUAUAGCAAAGGGGUUAAUAAAUAACUGAAAACUUCAGUUCUGAGAACUUGUUACAAUAAGGAGAAAUGAUUAUUUCAAAGGAAUCAUUGAUAUAAUAUUUCACCUCUUCAGAAUUUAGUUUACCAAUAAAACAAAUGUGGAUGAAUCCUGAUAGAUAUUUUGGAGGGAUACUGGGAUGUUGUAAAGAGGUUUGAUUUGAAUUCAGUAAGUUUGAUUAAGAUUUAUUUGGUUUUUUAAUUAGGGAAGCUUACUAGACUCAUGAUUAUUCCAUUGUAACAGACCUCUUGCUUUUGCCUUUGCUCAUAUUCCUGGGUACCGUGAUGAGUUUUCCUUCCAGAAGGGAGCUUUACUUUACUUUGUCUGCCAGGAAAGAAGUUAGAGAGUAUAUUAACCUUGCCUUCCUGCCAAUAGCUGUAUAUGGCGUUCACAUGUGUAUGUGUGUGCACAUAUACACAUGUAUCUUCUUAUGAAUUGCUGGUAUAAGUCAAAGAAUAAUAAUUGUAAUUUCUUAAAUCCACCAAUUCUGAAUCAUGCUAUAUGAAGAUCCUUGAGGACUCUGCCUUCAUUAGAAAACAUCAGGAUUAAUUCUCUCCUGUGUCAUUUUAUGCUAACCAGUCAAAUACCUGAAGGCCCUUGGCUCUGAGAAUAUGAUAUAGAGAUUAUGUUCUAUUCUCUUCAGUCUUAAAUCCUUGACAACUAUGUCAGAUCUCCACCUCAGCAACACCCUUCCCCGUUUUACUGAUCAAUUUUUAUUYGUUUCAAUCAAGACCCCUCUUUUAUGUUGUACAAAUGGGUCAAAAUCCUUGUCUUUCUCCAUAAAGUAAGAUCAGAGAUUUCUGCAUGUAAAUACAAACAUUUCUUUUCUAGAUCCUAACAUUGAAAAUGGUGUCCAAGCUUCAUGGUCACCUGUCUUUACAGUUUUUAUUACUAAAAAACAAACAUAUAAAUUGGUUAUUUUUUAACAGAGACUUGUGACUCAUACUGUAUUUUUGCACUUAAAAUCAAAUUAUGUUAUUUUUUAAAAUGGUGAAUGAUUGGAAAGGUUAUCUAUAGAACAAUGUGUAUUUCUAAAGAGCAUUAGCAACAUCCACAUGCAAAAGUAAUCAGCACACUUAAUUAUAUCCCACUCAGCGGGAUUCUUGAUUCAGGAAGAUUAAGCUGUUUGUUUCCAACUGUCUUAUGUUUGAAAUUGCCUUCACUGAUAUAUAAGCUGUUACUGUACAUACUAGGUAAUCCUCAGUAUUCACAAGCAAUAACGGUCAGCAGAGCUGUCCUUAGAGAUAGCAAUGCUGGGCCUCAGUUGGAGACUGUUUGGGAGCAAAGUGUCAAGCUCAUUCAGAGCCUCCAAAGUAAAUGCAAGCAAUAAUUUCCAUUAUAAGUUAAUUAUAAUUUUUCUCAUAUGCUUCUGAUAUCAGAGGUUUAGAAAUCAUGAUUUCAAAAUAUCCUGAAGAAAAGGUUUUGGGAAAAGAAGUGAGGUUGAACUGUAGCCACAAAAUCCUGAUAUCUUAAAGAAAUCAAGAGGAUUGCGCUAGUAAAUUCUUGUAUGCCCACCACCCCUUUGAUGGAUGUUGUUAGCCCAAAUUACAUUAUUUUGUAUCAUAGACACUGAAUCGGGUUUAUUGGAUUUCCGACAUAAGGGGAAGAACCGGGCACAGAAAAGUUUUUUAAUACUGUGGGUUUGACACCUGUUUGAAAACAACUUAUUGGAACUGAUUUUUAACCCAGGAUAUUUGUUUCCCAAAGCAGAUCUAAAUUGUUUACUACCCAGGGAUGGAAAGGGCAGGCACCUCUAGUCUCUCUCCUCUGGUUGCCCUCUCCCAUACUCCUUUCCACCUCUACUUGGUUUAAGACAUUUUCUGAAAUGAAAAUUCUACUGUUAUUCAAACUGCCAUUGAUAUUGAGAACUCUGUGUCCUUUGGGAUCACCUCUCAAACUCCAGUUAUCUAUCAUAUUUGCUGCUACCUUUGUAAAAUGAACUUGUAUUUGGAUGACUUUAAUUUACACUUCUUUAUUUCUAGGAGUUUUGUCAUAUAAUUUGACCCAUGUGUAGAAUUAGGAUACUUUAUUUUAGGAGUGUACCAUAAAAAAGCACACUGGUCCCUAUAUUGUUUUUAUCAUUUUUGUUUUGAAUUUGCUUGCUUCAUUUGUUGGCUUUUGUUUUGUUUUUCAAGUUGAAAAAAGAAGAAAGAGAAAAAUCUUAUAAUCWGGCCAAACUUGAGAACUUUCCCUGUGCUUCAGCACUAUGAUUUCUGCUGACCUAAUGUUCUCAGAAGGGGCACUUUUACUUUCUAUUUUGCAUGUAUGAUUUUUUUKUUGUUGUUGUUUUUGCUUUGUGGGGGGUGCUUUCAGUUUUGUAAAAAUGAAGCAGAAGAAAAGUGCAGUAGUAGAUAAAUGACUGAUCACAAACAUGUUAUGCAAUUUUAUUUUAUAAAAUUUUAAGGGAAAAGUUUAACUCUUUGUAAAUAAUUUCUUAGCUCUGAUAAAUGCUUAUAUUACUCCUCUAAAACAUGCUCAAUUCAGGCCUUUGUCUUUGUUAAGUGCCUUUUUGUUUUUUUCCUUUAUUUUUUCCCCUCUUUCGAAAGUGUUCUCAGAUCUCCUAAAGUGCAGACUGAUAAGUCAGGGGAUUCAGGAGGAAGAAUGUCAAACUUGCCAAUGUCACGUCAUGCUGUAAUGUUCUUCCUUUUCUUUAUGUGUAUAUGGCUAUAUUGAAAGAUACGUAUAGGCUUACAGAUAAAACUAGUGGCUGCUGUAUCAUUGCAUCCUCUCUGAACACUCCCCUUUCAACAUUUGCAAAACUUCUGUUUAUUCUGUUGCUUUUAGUCGAGUUGAUUAAAUAGGUGGAUUGGGAAAUUGUCUUUUCACAAGAUGCUAUC